AUGAUAUUGGAUUAUUACUGCACAGACCAUGAGAUCGUAUGCUGUAGAGUCUGCAUAUCUAAUGAACACAGGCUUUGUCAGAACGUACUCCCAUUGGAACUGGCCUCGAAGGAUGUUAGAAAGUCUGCACUGUUAAACGAUGUUAUGGAAGACAUGACGCAUCUUAUUACAACAUUGCACGCUUUAGACAAUAACAGACAGUCAAACUUACAAUCUAUUGAGAAAACUAAAUCAAUAAUAACUAAGCAGAUCCGGGCAGUGAAAACCAAAUUUUUGAAACAAAUUGACGAUUUGGAGCGUGAAUUAACGACCAGUUUGUCAUCUCUCCAACGAAAACAUGAAAUGGAAAUCAACAAACAAAAGCAAGAAAUAUCGCAAGUCUUGGUCAAUGUUAAAGAAAAUAAGAACGAGAUGGAUUUUUUGAGAGAUAACGGAUCUAAGAAUCAGCUCUUUAUAUUCUUGCGCCAACAAGUAACUAAUAUUCAUUGCGCUGAGACCAAGAUUCAGCAGAUAGUAUCUGAUUCACAAGAAUUCGAUAUUACCUUUGACGAAAAGAAAGAUGUUAAGCUUGAGUCUCUCGGGUCACUGUUAGAGAUUGUUCAACCAUGUCAAGUUCAAUACAAACAACGAAAAUGUCAACAGGCACAAAUAAAUGCAGAACCAAAGAAACGCAUUGUAGGUUUUGAGAGGGAUACAGUAUUAAAACUUAAUACUGAUGUGAUUGAAGGUCUUUUUAGUGUAUCAGUUACAGAUAAUAAUAAGCUGCUCAUUACUAAUGCAGCAUCAUCUGAUCCCAAACUCUAUGUUUACAGAGACUGUAAAGAUUAUGAGACAGAGAUAAGAUUUUCCUCCGCACCUUUUUGUGUUGCUGUGAUACCUGGUACGGACAGAGCUGUUAUUACCAUACCUAGCGAGGGGUCUAUACAAUUUAUAAAUACGACAACGAUGACAAAGUCCGUCAAAGUCAACAUGGGAUUUAGAUGUAUUGGUAUCACUGCUGGACGUGACAGAAUCUAUGUUGGUGGUAAAGGUGGUACUAUCAAAGCAUUAGACACCAAUGGAAAAAUACUUAAAACAAUUCGACAAAUAUCUAAGGAUAUUUACAUCAUGGUAUAUAAUGAUUUACAAGAUCAUUUGAUUGUUAGAUGUGUUGGUAAACUCCUUUGUGUCAAAUUAGAUGGAACACUAGUAUACAGUAAGGACGUUUCAGGUACAGGAGGUGUAACACUUGAUCGACAGAAGAACAUUUAUGUCGUCGGUUUCUAUACAAGCAUCAUACAGAGAAUGUCAUCAGAUGGAGAAAACUGUGAAGAAAUGCUGAACAAAGACAAUGACAUUGACGAUCCGUAUGGAAUGUGUUUUAACAAUGACUUCACAAAACUGUUUGUAAUUAAUAACGAUGGUAAAUCUGUUUGUGUAUACAAAUGCAAGUAA